GGCGCCCUUUAGGAGGCGCGGUCUUCUAGGACGGAGUGGGGAGGAGUCAGUCGUUAAAAGCUGUUCCGUGUUUGGCCCACCCGCCAGCCACAGAGGCCAGGUGAGAGGCGGUGGCACUUGGGCUGUGCCUACCGGCGCCUUCGGGACUCCAGAGACCCAGAGCGAAGGGUUACCUCGCCACCCAAGGUGGGCUGGUGGCCUCGCAGCGGGACCGGGUGGGGACCUCCCAGCAACAAGAAAGGAGAGCACGACCUGUUGGGUGCCGGGCACCACACAGCAGAUUUUGCGCUCUACUCUCUCCAGAGCGCGCAGGAUUGAUUGGGAGCAGGGGCUCCGCUCUAAGGACUCUGAACUUGUGGGCGCUAUAAUACCUUUUAAGGACACGAAUUUCUACAGAACGACCCCAGACUGGGAAGACACUUCUAUUUAAGGAUACCAGGUUUGGGGAUCAACUUCUCAUUUUGGAGGGGAGGGCGUGUAGGUCGCCCUCUUAAGACUUCUCUCCAACCCUCCCCCCAUGGCGCUAUCCGGCUCUUCACAGGACCAGGGCUGGAACCUGGAACCUCCGGCUCCCACGGCCUCUGCCUCGUCUUCGGGCUCCCAAGAGCGGGAGGGCGCGCGGAGCCCGAGGGUAUCCGGGGGGCUUCCCUUGGAGAAGGUGAAGCGACCCAUGAACGCGUUCAUGGUGUGGAGCUCCGCUCAGCGCCGCCAGAUGGCGCAGCAGAACCCAAAGAUGCACAACUCCGAGAUCUCCAAGCGCCUGGGCGCGCAGUGGAAGCUGCUGGGCGAGGACGAGAAGCGGCCCUUCGUGGAAGAGGCUAAGCGGCUCCGGGCACGACACCUGCGCGACUACCCCGACUACAAGUACCGGCCGCGGCGCAAGACCAAGAGCUCGGGCACUGGACCGCCCCACUUUGGUCAGGGAAGCGGCGGCGUGGCUGGAGGUGGGCGGGUCUGGGGACCCGGGUACCCUACCACCCAAGGGAGCAGAGGCUUUGGAUAUCAACCCCCGAACUACCCCACAGCCUACCUGCCUGGCAGUUACGGCUCUUCCCGCUGUAAACCCGACACACCCUCACCGUGUUCCUUUCCUCAGAAUAACCCCAGGCUCCCGGGGGAGCUACUUACCCCCUAUAGCCCCUACCUACCCCCAGGCUCUCCCACCCAGUACACCCCUCCCCUCUCAGGUGCCCCCAUGCCCCUAACCCACCUCUAACCUUCGUGGACAUGGACCACCCAGAAAGGGUUCCUUCCUUUUCCACCCAGAAGCACCCCACUCCUAGGCUGCAAACCAUUCUUGAGAGCUGUUGGAUCACAGUGGAGGGGAGGGGGGCCCUGAGACGGGACUGUAGUUCUCAAAGAAGGCUGGGGGGAGCAACACAACACAUUUUUUGUAGGAUGAACACAGUUUU